AUGUCGAGUGGCCCGGUCAGUAGGGCGGAGGGGCCACAACUCCCGAGCCGUACUGGCUCAGGUCCUCCGCCGCCCACCAAGAAAUCCAUAUCCUUCGAGAACGACUUCGAACCCGAGCCCGAACCGGCCAGCCUCCGAGGCGAGGCUCCGCAGGCCGAGGAACAAGACCCGUCCCGGGACGGCGAAACCCCACGAAGGGAGGCGGGCCCUCCGUCGCUGGCCGCUGAAAAUGGUCAAUCUACGCCAGGGAAGGUUGCGGGGAGGGAACCGAGGGACUCGCAGCGGGAGUUGAACGAGUAUCGCGAGAAAUUGGCACGCCAGAUGGAACAGAGGGAAUUGCCGUUAAGAGGAGGUCAGGCGCCCAUGCCCGGGACCCACAGGGUCUCUCCCAUACAAGAAGAGAACUCGCCCUCCUCGUUGCCCCGGUCGUUGGGGUCCGGGUCCGGGUCCGGUUCUGGGUCCGAGCCGCCGGCUACCUCGACCUCGGCGACUUCGACAGCGUCCGCUCGUACCAUCCGAGGGCGGCAAGCCCCCCCCACGCCUGGCCCGGUGGCAGGGACACCCUCCUAUCCGUUCCCCCGCAUGGCUCCCGCCACGUUUCUGUCCUCUGCCGUUCACCGGCCCUUCACCACGCUCUCGCCCACCGUCCCGCCCGAUGGGCCCCGCCCGCUAUCCGAGGUUUUCAAGGGGCAGGACACACUCGCGUCGAACCCUUCUACCCCGGCCUCCGCCCUGAACUUCCUACCGCCCGGCUGCUCUCGGGAGAUGCCAGACAACCGUGAAUUUCCGAGUCCGAACCUUUACGAGUUAACCCUGAUGCUCGGGGCCGAACCGGGGUUGGAUGCAUGGUGGCACGCCGUGGUGCAGAUAAUGGUCGACGUGUACAAGGCCGAGAGGGUAACGCUUGCCAUUCCGGCCGAUCCCACCGAUAUCGAAAACGUACCAUGGGGCCAAAAGGCGACAUACAAUGCCCAUCGCGAGGAUGACAUGAGUUUGGGAUACCUCGCCAGGGGCUCGAGCUUCAUGCCGAGCAGCACAGGCGAAUCUUCCGACCGCUUUCCCCAAGGCGGGAUGCUUUCUGCGAAACAAGCACCGGCUCGCCCCACCCUGCAGAGUCGGCAUUCGUUCACGUCAUAUGAGCAAAACCGGGCGGCGGCAGCAGAUGAGCCGUCGCCUCCUAGUCCACAUCGCCCUCGCCUUCUCUCGAGGAGCAAAUCUCAUCACCAUCCAACCAAGCAGGCACAUGAUGCCGCCAGUGAGAACGGCAACCCGACUAGCCUCAACAGAGAGGCCCUGGAGCAGCACGACGCACUCGAAGAAGAGCAGCCAAAAAUUCCAAGCUGGGAAGUGCCCUUCACGGCCGAGAGGGAAGGGCGUGGGAAACUACUGGAUGUGCUGCAGGGUCUCGACUACGAAGCCGAUCCCCUGAUCGACCACAACGGCAUCGUCCGCAUCCUAGAGCGUGGCCGUGCGGUCGCCCUCACCAGGUCUUACCCCUACCUCAGCAGCCAGGAAACGAUCGGUAAGAAGCCCGUGGACCCUCGCGCCGCAGCAGGAGCCAAAUCCCCCGAGGGGCCCCGUCAGAAGAUCAGGAAGCCACGGUCAGACUCAAUGUCAAAACUCUCCUCCAUUCUUGGCAACGCCACCUUAUCACCUGCAUCCGGCCGUGGCCCGCGGCCGCAGACGUUGGAGAGAAAAUAUACGAUCGCUUCCCGGCUCGACGACGAAGGCCCUAAACUGCCGGCUCCGAGAUACGAAGAGUACGAGCAGGCCCCGCCGUCACCAUGGUCGCAAUCCCCGGCACCUUCUCCCGCCGUCAGGGCCGACCCCGCCGAGAAUCCCUUCUUCGCUGAGGCCAUGGUCGACGAAGAAUCUUUCAACCCGUCAUCCACCCCCGCUGAUUAUUCAGCUAUGAUCCCGCCAGAGGCCAUCGGUGUCGACAACUCCUGGACAGUGUUGCAUAUCCCACUUACGCACGUGCUGUUAUCAGCACCUAAUACGUCCUUCAAGCUCGACCCUUCGCUCAUGGAGCAAAAGAUCUCGGCGCGGAAAGCCGGAGAUACCGCAGCAACUGCGAGCCUCUCUCCCGAACGUCCCGUCAAGGAGAAGCAUUCGCCGAUUGCCAUCUUGUCCAUCCUGAGUCCUAUCAUUCCUUAUCCAUCCAACCUACGCCACUCGCUAGAACACCUCGGCCCACAUCUCGCCACCUCUUUCUCCCUCGCCCGUCACUAUAGCCAUAUGGAGACAGAGCUAAACGGGUUACAAAAGCGCAGACCGCACACGGCGGGCUUCGGGGCUCUCGGGCCCGACGGGCGACCGCUGGCCGACUCAACCGCCCUGACCUCGUUCGCCUACUUGCCCACCGCCGGGGGUGCCGGCUCCCGAGAUUCCGUCGCCGGCAGCAUGACGAGCCCCAGUGAAUGCUCCGGCCCCGCACGUAGUGGUGCCGGUUCUCCCGUUGGGACACCCACCUGGGACCUGCCGUCCCUCGGCCUCGUCAUGGACAACAAGUGGGGGGCUACCGCGAGUCCUGCGCCUACCACCGCAGACAGCUACUUCGGUUCGAUGGUGAAGAACCCGCCGAGCGCCGGCCCGCGGCCGAGGAGGAACUCGCGAGAGACGUUGCCGUCCGAGAAACGGUCGUCUCUGCGCCUGUCGGCGGGCAAGAUGCAAAUGCACGACCCCGCUACCGUCAGCCCAGCCAUGACAGAGCCCCGAAGGAGCUCCGAAUCCUCGCGCCCCGAGCCAGAGGAGCUCCCAUCGGCCGGUGCCCAGCCUAGACGGCCAGCGCCGAGCGAGAAGGGUAGUGCAGCGGCAUCUCAAGUCGAGAGUCAUCAGAAGAUGGCUGCAACGUCGAGUUCGACGCCUCACCGCCACACGCAACUUCAUUCUUACGGCGCCGACUUUGCGUCAACUUUCCAAUCCCUCCCACCGAGUUCGACCAUCGGCCGCGGGGUCCCGCACCCGGCAGCGCCCAGUAGAGCCGGGUCGAUGAUGCAAACCGACAUGACGCCCCCGUCGGACAAACUGAAGGGCCUUAUCCUGGACUCGUUGCCCGCCCAUGUCUUCGUGGCCUUGCCACAAACAGGCGAGAUUGUGUGGGUAAACAGCCGCUUCCUCACAUAUCGCGGCCAGACCUCGGGCGACCUUGCUGCCGACCCCUGGGCCAGCAUACAUCCCGCAGAGCGGGAAGAGUACCUCCGCGAGUGGAGCCAUUGUGUCCGGUCCGGUGAGCAGUUCGCCAAGACGGUCCAGAUCAGGCGCUUUGACGGCCAGUAUCGGUGGUUCUAUGCCCGAGCCGUCGCAUCCAAGGACAAGCGAGGCGUCAUCAUGCAGUUUCUGGGUUCGUACAUGGAUAUCCACGAUCAGCACAUGGCAGAAGUCAAGGCCGCGAGGCAGGAAGAGAUCUUGGCGUCCGAGGCAAAACACCGCCUACUGGCCAACUUGAUACCACAGAUGAUCUUCACAGCUACCGAGGACGAAGGCAUCACGUUCGCAAACGAGCAGUGGCUGUCUUACACAGGCCAGGCAGCCUCCGAAGGUGUUCUCGGACUCGGAUUCAUGGACUAUGUGCAUCCAGACGACCUUGCCAAAUGCCGAAUACCUCUGGGAGGACAAUCAGUCCAGCAGCAGGACUCGAGGGGAGGUCUCAAGAACCAUGGCCGCUCCUUCUCGGCCGACUACACCGCUAACCACCAGGCGGCGAAGCACUUGGCCGUUCCCGAUAGCGGUACCAGGGGCUUUGAUCACCAGCUACUACGGAACAACAGCUCCAGCAGCAGCGGUAGCAGCAGCAACGACGGUACCCCCUAUGACCUUCCAACCGCAAAUCUCACGGAACUUGCGAAGAAAGGGGUCAUCAAAGUGUCUACCGACAGUAGCGGCCGGCUGUCGUACACAACCGAGAUCCGGUUGCGCUCCAAGAGCGGCGAGUACCGAUGGCACCUUAUCCGCUGCGUCGAGAUUGACAACGUCGACUUUGGCAACGGCGCGAGCUCGUACUUUGGGUCGGCUACCGACAUCAACGACCUCAAGCUCCUCGAGACCAAGCUUAAGGAGGCCAUGGACUCCAAGGGCCGCUUCCUUAGUAAUAUGUCUCAUGAGAUCCGGACGCCGCUCAUCGGCAUUUCCGGCAUGGUUAGCUUCCUUCAGGACACGAUUCUGAACGAGGAGCAACGCGACUACACGAACACGAUCCAGACGAGUGCGAAUAGUCUACUCAUGAUCAUCAACGACAUCCUCGACCUCUCCAAGGUCGAUGCCGGCAUGAUGAAGUUGAAUUAUGAGUGGUUCCAUACCCGUUCGCUCAUCGAGGACGUAAACGAGCUCGUGUCAACCAUGGCCAUCGCGAAGCGCCUAGAGCUCAACUACGUAGUCGAGGAAGACGUGCCGGCCUGGGUCAAGGGAGACAAGGUGCGCAUCCGCCAAGUGCUGCUCAACGUCAUCGGCAACGCCAUCAAGUUCACCAGCCGGGGCGAGGUGUUCAGCAAAUGCAGGGUCUUUACCCCCGAGGGAGUGCUGCCGCCGACGGACGAAAUCAUGCUCGAGUUUUCCAUCAUUGACACGGGUAGGGGUUUCAGCCAGGAAGAAGCCGACCUCAUCUUCAAGCCGUUCAGCCAGAUCGACGGCAGCAGCACCCGGCAGCACGGCGGGAGCGGCUUGGGCUUGGUCAUCUCCCGUCAACUGGUCGAGCUACAUGGAGGGAGGAUGGAGGGCUCCGCCAUCCCCGGCAAGGGAUCCACCUUCACCUUCACUGCUAGGUUCGGGCUGCCUACUGAGGACGACCAUCCCGACGCCAUGCCAGUUCCUCAGCCGACACCGGGGCUGGUCCAAAACACGUCUGUCGCCCCGGCGCAACCGCCGUCGGUGAGCGCCCUCCGCGAGCUACCCUCUAGCAGCCCGUCCACCACAGCCGAUCCCGGCUUCACCUCCCCAGCAGCGGCCUCUAGCGGCAGUUCCGAGCUCUCCGGGUCAUCCGGCCGCACCCGGGGGACGGACCGCUCUUCCAUGUCAUCGGUGAAUGCGGGCCUCGUGCGCUUCAGCCAGGCAGCCCGCGCCAGCGGCCAAGAUCUCUCCCAAAUGAAACUAGAAAUGCCGGACCGCAGGGGUAGUCCGGGGACCACCACACCCACGGCCAACCCAGAAAGCUCGGCCAAGGAGCAAUUGCCGCCGCCCAUGUUCUCCAUCCUGGUCAUCUGCCCGCAGACACACAGCCGCGAAGCGACGACCAAACACAUCGAAAUGACGCUGCCCAAGGGCAUCCCAUACAAAAUCAUAGCCGUCGCUUCGGUCGAGGAGGCGCAUACCUUCAUCCGGUCCGAAGACACGCCCCGGUUCACGCACAUGGUCGUCAAUCUCCCCUCCCCGGAAGAGAUCAUCUCGCUCAUGGACAAGGCCUCGCACUCCGGGCCCGCCGCGCUCGGCAACACCACCAUCUUGAUCCUCUCGGACUCGGUCCAGCGCCAGGCCGUCUCCAAGCUCGUCGCCGGAACCAAACACGAGGAUAUCCUGUCCGAAAGCCGGGUGACAUAUAUCUACAAGCCGGUCAAACCCUCUCGAUUCGCCGUCAUCUUCGACCCGGCCAAGGAGCGCGACCUGAGUAUCGACCACAACCGGUCGACGGCCCAGCGGCUGGUAGAGGACCAACGCCAGAACUACAUCGACAUGGAGCGCCGCAUGGGCGGCAAGGGCUACAAGGUGUUGCUGGUCGAGGACAACCCGGUCAACCAGAAGGUGCUGCAAAAGUACCUGAAGCGCGUUGGCGUCGCCGUCGAGCUGGCCGCCGACGGCGUCGAGUGCACCGAGAUGAUGUUUGAGAAGGGCUGGGGGUGCGACCUCCACAUGCCGCGCAAGGACGGCUACCAGGCCUGCCGCGAGGUGCGCGCCUGGGAGACGCAGCAGCGCCGCCUCGGCGCCGAGGGGCCCCCCUUGCCCAUCAUCGCCCUCUCGGCCAACGUCAUGUCGGACGUCCAGGACAAGUGCGUCGAGGCCGGCUUCAACGACUACGUCACCAAGCCCGUCGACUUUAUCGACCUCAGCCGGGCUUUGGCCAAGUUCUUUUAG